UCUUUUUUUUAGGUUAUCAGCUAUCCAGUUAGUAUAUAUUUCAGUGGUGGUAACAGAACCGGGGUGGAGGAGGUAUCUAGAGGAUUGGAGGUCUUCUUUUGGGCCGUCCGUACUUUUCCACGGCCGUCGUCGGCCAAUCUCUCGACGUCCUUACUCCUGGGGUUGGCCCUGGCCUUCUUCGCGAGCUGGCGACGAAUGAACUGACAGAUAUCCGAUGCGUACGAGAGUGCCGUCCCCGUGCACUCCAGGACGACGAUGUCUGGUAGCAGCGACUCCGAGGAGUUCUUUGACGCAGAGGAUGACAGCUUCCAACGGACGUCACGAAGGAGCAAACCUCGAGAUUCGAUUGCUACCGAAACAUUGGAUAAGAAAACGCCGAGCCCUGAGAAACAAGACGACGGGGGGACUUUUGUUAAGCCUGCCGACCCUAAACCGUUAGCGGAAUUAAAGAAUUAUGUGGACGUCGAACAGAGGCAAAGUGUAGAUAAAUCUGAAGAAAAUGGGAAGGCGGACACGGACAAGACCGUCGGGCGAAGACGUUUUCGAGAACUACGCCAGCGCAUGCAAACAGAAGACGACGACAUUCCGGUUAAUAGUUCUCCUCCUGACAGUCAAACAUCCUCCAUAGAAGGAGUUUAUCCGACACCAUCUAAGACAUGUCAUCCGUUUAGAAUAAUAGAACACGAUACCCUCAGUUUACAAAGUAUGACCUCCCUGGGACGCGUGGGUCGAAUUUUGGCUGGGAUUUCUGACAGUGCAUCGGGUGUGCUCGCUCCCAAUGCAUCCCAAUAUCCUUCUACUGUCCUCCCUCGUGAAUCUCAAGUAUCCUCUAUCGUUACUGUACCGAGCAAAGAAGAAGAUACCGCAUCUGGUAAAAUUUCCCAGUCAUCUAGCGUCCAAACCCUGUCCGGUGAUAUUCUUCAAGAGACCGCAAACGACAAGUCGGAUUACCAAACUAACCUCCAAAGUAGUACCACUAUGCUUCUCCAAGAGCCAGACGUAAUUGCUAGUACGAAGAAUAAUGGCAAACCGAUCAAGAAUUCGCAAGAUGUAUCGCAGCCCGUGGUACCUGUGGCACCGCCAAGACGAAAGAAGAAAUUAAAACCACAAACCCCUUCCGAUCUUGCACCUUCCGUUGCGGUGGCAUCUGUCUCCACUUCAUCACUGCCAAGCCCAGCGAGUACCAUUGAAUCGCUUACAAGAGAAUUUGAACAUUCGCUUGACAUUCGAUCAGCAACCAAAGGACAAUACGUCGUUAAGCCUCAGGAUGAGGAUAGAUCAAAGGCUGAAGGACCGUCACUGGAGGAAUUAGAAAGAGUGGAGAGAAUGAAAGCGGAACUCUUGAGUCUACGGUCCAGUGAAAUGUCCAGCAGCCCAUUGGGAUCGAUGUCCAGCAACAGCAUAGGUCGUUGUUCAUUAGGGCCUCACAAGUUGUCUAACUAUGCAUCGCAGGGUUCAAAAGAGAGGCGUAAGUCAGCAGGUGACCAGGACAUGGUGAAACAAUUAAACAUGUUUGUCCGAACGAGAACGGAUUCUGGAAAACGUCUGACGGACAUGGAAAUCCUGGAACAGGUGACGGUGCUAAACCUGGACACCGGGGAAAGAGUGCCAUUGAGUAUAGCCGAAGACAAGUUACCGCAGUGCAUAAACCCUUUGUCUCUGCACAUCAUGAGGCUGACCUCCGAGUACAUAAGUAAUUCUAGUCUGGAGAAGGAAAAGGAGAGCGACGAGGAGAGCGUAGACAGUAAAAUGUCGAGCAUACCCCCUGACGAGGACGUCACCGUAGGGAGGGUACGGAAGAGGACGCAGAAGCUGAAGCGGUUCCUGGGCUCGACGGUCAAAAAGACAAUGGACAAGGCGAAGUCGAUCGCCCAGGAGGUCUCCCACGCGAGACACAAGGAGGACGUGAUGGACAUCGCCGACGACGUGUGCACCGGUGAACAACAGUACAUCAAGCUGAAGGCAUCGAACAGCCACAAAGGACCCUACGAGUUCUCCUACCUCCAGCACGUCCAGGACUUAAGCGGGGAACACAUCGGUCCCGUCUGGUGUAUGAAGUUCUCCGCGUGCGGUCGCCUCCUAGCUACCGCUGGCCAGGACAAAGUAGUCAGGAUCUGGGUACUAAGAGACGCGUUCAACUACUUCCAGGACAUGCGAACCAAGUACAACGCGGAGAAGGUCAGCCCUACGCCUUCCCAGGAGUCCCUGGUCUCGCAGCAGUCCAUGGAAGACCCUAACGUGGUGGCGGUCGCGUUGAGCGAGGUCGAGGGCACCAAGAGCCCUUUCAUGCCGAAGCCCUUCUGCACGUACACGGGGCACACGUCGGACCUCCUGGACGUCUCCUGGUCGAAGAACUACUUCGUCCUGUCCUCUUCCAUGGACAAGACGGUCCGGCUAUGGCACAUCUCCAGGAAGGAGUGCCUCUGCUGUUUCCAGCACAUCGACUUCGUCACCGCCAUAGUGUUCCACCCCCGCGACGACCGGUACUUCCUCUCCGGCUCGCUGGACGGCAAACUCCGCCUCUGGAACAUCCCGGACAAGAAGGUCGCCGUUUGGAACGAGGUCGACGGCCAGACGAAGCUCAUCACCGCGGCUAACUUCUGCCAGAACGGGAAGUUCGCCGUGGUAGGGUCUUACGACGGUCGCUGCAUAUUCUACAACACCGAUCAGCUGAAGUACCACACCCAGAUCCACGUUCGCUCGACCCGGGGGAAGAACUCGACCGGGCGGAAGAUUAGCGGAAUAGAGCCUAUGCCUGGGGAGGACAAGAUCCUGGUCACCUCCAACGACAGCCGGAUUCGCCUCUACGACCUGAGGGACCUAAACCUCUCCUGCAAGUACAAGGGGUACGUUAACGUCAGCAGCCAGAUCAAGGCGAGCUUCAGUCCGGACGGGCAAUACAUCGUGAGCGGCUCCGAGAACCAGUGCAUUUACAUAUGGAAGACCCAUCACGACUAUUCCAAGUUCUCCAGCGUGCGGCGGGACCGCAACGAUUUUUGGGAAGGCAUCAAGGCACACAAUGCGGUGGUCACUUGUGCGGUUUUUGCUCCCAACCCGGACAGCAUCAUCAGGCAGAUCGAGGCACGCGAACAGUGGGAAGGCAAGGACGACUCGAAGGCCGCCGACGGUUCCGCUGCGGCCGCCGCACCCGUCGAUCCCGUCGUCGAGCAACGCACCAAAGGCUGCGGGGGACACGUACUCAUCAGUGCGGAUUUCAACGGCUGCAUCAAAGUGUUCCUCAACAAAACCAAACCAAAGCACAGCUCCUUACCGGCUUCCGCCCUGGCGUAACUCGACAUUAAUUAACCCAUUUGCAUCGUAAGGAAGUAGGAAGGAGAGGGUCCUUAUCACCAGAUUGCAGGCUGGAUGAUAGGGACCAGGAACACAGCGUAUAUGUACGAUAAGGAUGCAAAUGGGUUAAGGUGAUGUCUAGGUGGCAUGGAGAUGUCUCGUUUAUGAAACUUCUCUACGAAUUGAAUCUAUGGAAUCGCUUCGAACUUGACAAUGUGGAUGUGGAAGCUGCGAAGAGGGUCCUGACACUCUCCAAAUUUCAAUUUUUUUUAAAUUUGUCUGUAGAUGUUUUUAAAAUUAUUUAUAGAAAAAUGAUCGGGGAGAUGUUUCAUGAAGGAUUGACUUCUAGGGUGCCACUUUCAUAUCGCCUUAAAGAUGCCGCCUAAUGAACUCGCACCUCCUAGUGUUUCGGCCGUUAAUUGUAAUCGACGAAAGAGUCAAGGCACUACAUGCUAAAAGUAUGCUCGAUGCGCUCUCGAGGAAACCAAGCCUCUCGUUCGACGGAAUUCAGCGCCCCUGGCGGACGCCGAGCGAGUUAAACGGACCGCAUUUCCCGAGUAGUAGCUCAUAAGAAAUGCGCCGACGCUUUUUAGGGUGACGCUAUCGCGUUCUUAUCAGCUCGCUUCGAGUUCUCUUUCGCAUCUUGGUUUACGCAACGUUCCGUUUCACUUUUUUCGCCGACUUCGGUCGAGGGUAUCGCUAUAAAUGGAUUUUGGAGGAGAGUGACCGUGAGAAAAAACCGUGUUAUCCGUCGGAAUAACGAAACUAUCCCGCGAGAAAGUGAUUUUCCGCACUAACGUCGGGUAGCAAAUUUCUAACGCGAGCAUUGGCGCGACUUUUCACCUGCGGGGAAUCCGCGUCGGAUAGGCGGAGACGCGGAUGCGAGCUACUUUAAGGGCCCUCGCGACUACCUAUGUAAAUAAUUGCGAGAGGGGCAAGGGUUAGGUGCACUGUACAAAUGGAAUUGUAAAUAUUUUCAAGUGUCACGGCGCGAGCGCUUAUAUAUAAAUAUAUCUCGACGAUAUCGCCAUUUCGCGAGCUGCGUGCACAAAAUGAAAAAAAAGAAAAAAAAAAAGAUGCAAGGAAUCAUUGUUCGCGACGUAUAUUAUGAACGAGGUGCGCCGAGACGACGCAUCGAUGUAACCGAUUUUUUUAGUUUACCGAUUGGUGAAUAAACAUCAGCAACGAGCCCGGA